GUUUUUGGAAUUUGGAAGGAAACUGUAAUGUUUUAAUUAUUUUUAAAAGUUGUGAAUUCUUUAUGCUUUAAUUUUGAAUAUUGAUGGAUAUUUUAGCUUAAUUAAUUAUCAGUUACGGCCAUCUUUUCAUUUCGUCUAUAUAAAAAAAUAAAUAAAAGAUAAUCAUUUGUAUUUAUUAAUUUACGCCACGUAUACAAAUAGUGCAAGUAAAACAUACGUCAACAAAUUGUUGAAGAUUCUCCUAAGAUGUGUGGUUCAGACAAGAAACUGGGAGAAAUACGAGCUCUUAUACUAGUGGGAGGCUAUGGAACACGCUUGAGACCGCUGACUUUAAGUAGGCCAAAGCCGUUGGUUGAAUUUGCCAAUAAACCAAUCUUAAUGCACCAAAUCGAAGCUUUGGUAGACGCCGGUGUCACUCAAGUCAUUCUAGCUGUUUCCUAUAGAGCUGAGGAUAUGGAAAAGGAAUUAACUGAGCAAGUGUCUAAGCUUGGCGUGUCAUUAACAUUUUCUCAUGAGACAGAACCUCUUGGUACUGCAGGACCUCUGGCUCUUGCUAAAGAAUUGCUGAACAGUAAUCCUGAGCCUUUCUUUGUUCUUAACUCUGAUGUUAUUUGCGACUUUCCUUUUAAAGAAUUGGCUAAAUAUCACAGGAGUCAUGGCAAGGAAGGCACUAUAGUUGUUACAAAAGUAGAAGAACCAUCAAAGUAUGGUGUUGUAGUCUAUAAGGAAGAUGGUGAAAUUGAGAGUUUCAUUGAGAAACCACAAGAGUUCAUUUCUAACAAAAUCAAUGCUGGUAUGUACAUUUUAAAUCCCUCUGUUUUGAGUAGGAUAGAGUUAAGACCAAUGUCUAUUGAAAAGGAAGUGUUCCCAUUCAUGGCUAGAGAUGGUCAACUCCAUGCGAUGGAACUUCAAGGUUUUUGGAUGGAUGUGGGACAACCCAAAGACUUUUUAACAGGAAUGUGUCUCUACCUAACAAGUUUGCGGCAGAAGAAUUCAAACAAAUUGUACGAUGGUAGUGGGGUCGUGGGUAACGUUCUGAUUGAUCCAACUGCCACCAUUGGUAAAGGUUGCCGGAUAGGACCUAAUGUCACGAUUGGUCCCGACGUUGUUGUAGAAGACGGUGCGUGCAUAAAACGAAGUACUAUAUUGCGCGGCGCCUGCGUACGUCAGCACGCGUGGCUCGACGGCUGCAUAGUCGGCUGGCGAUCGGUUGUCGGCCGCUGGGUGAGAAUGGAGAACUGUACUGUUUUAGGAGAAGACGUCAUAGUGAAAGAUGAACUGUACGUUAAUGGUGGUCAAGUCCUGCCGCACAAGUCUAUAGCCCUCUCGGUACCCGAGCCGCAGAUCAUUAUGUGAAGACUGAUAUUUAUUUAGUGUAUAGUACGAAGAAUUAUAUAACGCAUGGCCAAUUUAAUUACUAGUCCGUCUUGAACAGUGGUUCCUAAUCUGGUAAAUAAAGAAAUAAUAGGGUAGUUUCAAUAGUGAAAAAAAGUCACGAAAUUGCACAAAAACUAAAAGAAUCAUGUCCACUUUUCAUACAUUGAUUGACCUGUCACAUGUUUUUUUUUUAAAGGACGCGUCUACCAACCAUUAGUUUAAAUUAGUUUUUGCAUAAAAUAGAAUAAUAUCUUAGCAUUUUUUUCAUUUGGAGGCCAGGGAGAUUCGUAAUUUGUAAAUAAUGUUUUGAGGUUAUAACAGCUGUCAAAACUCGAGAUAAUUGUGAAGGUACUUUAAAAACUAUUGCAUUAAAAUAAAAGCGUUUUAUAUUUUGAUUACAUUUUAAUAAACAUAGGGAUUUUGAUUUUGAGUCUUAAAAUCACAUGAUUAUCUUAAAAUUAUAAAUCGAGAUGUUUUUUUGUGAGCCUUUAUUAAUACAUUGAUAAUACAACCCGACAUUGUAUAGCGUCACUCUGGCAACAGCUGUCAAAUUAGUCGUAAACAACGCCUAUUUAUUAUCCAUCAAAUUCCUAGAUUUAUAUCUUUUAUUUCGUUAUCGACCGUAAGAUGGCACUCUUCUUGUUUUAUUGACACCUUUCAAUCUACUACUCAGUGCAUCUUUUUUGUAUACAUAUCGGAAUGACGUCUUGACUUUAUGAAUAUAUCGGACAGCGUUUUCACGUGUAUAAAACAACUUUAAACUUUGCUUUUAUUUUAAGGCAAGAAAAUGCAUUCCUUUUUCCGAAAUAUUUGUUUUAUGGCUUAUUUAAAUUAAAAUUAACACUUACAAUACUAUUUCAGACAGACUAUAAUAAAUGAUUUUCUAUUUGCUUUAAGUGUAACUAAAUCUUAAAUAAAAAACGUGAGUGCAAACCGUUAAUAACCAUCACUUAUUAAUAAAUAUCUAUUUUUUUUUUGUAUUUAGUUUGUUAUAUUAUUUCCCUUUAGGUCAUAGGGCAAUAGAAAUGAAAAGAUUAGGAACCACUGGUCUAGAACAUGCUAAUGAAACGAUUUAUACAAUGUUUUCUAUGCUGUGGUGAUUUGAUAAAAGCGUCAUCUACAGUAACAUCAUUAGAGCUACUAUAUGCUAUAUAUAUUCUGUCUCCAAGGCAGGCGUCUCGUACAAUAAAACGCAGUACAUUGCAGAAACGAUAGAGAGUUCUAUAGAUAACACUGCAUAUUGUUUAUGUUUCGCUUUUCGUUUAAAUGGACUAAUAUUUCCAAUCCUUUAAACAAAUGAGUACAUAAACAUAUUGGGUAGCUAUUAAAUGAGUUUUGGUUAAUUUUUUAAUUAUUAUCUUUGUAAUUCAAUUAUUAUAUUUCAUUAAUUUUGAAUGCCAAACGUGUGCCACACGGCGAUGUUUCACAAAGGCAAUGGUGUCACAAGACUCGACCAAAAAAUGACUGUGACUACUCUAAUAAGAGUGCACUAACGGCUGGUUUACACUUGAUUAAGAAGAUAAGUAGACUUUUGUAUAUACAAUGCAGUCUCCGUAGCAUAAAUAAUAAAAUACGUAAUGUUGUCUCAAAUAUAAACGGGGCAGUAACACUUUUAUCCCGUAAAGGGUGUCGAUAAAAAUGGUAAUGCUAGGUUGGCUGUAUUGAUAUUUAUCUUAAAGAAAAAUAUUUAAUAAAUUCACCAUGUUAGGUGCUAAAGUUUCAAAAGUUUUAAUAUUGUUGUUUAAUAAUUUAAAAUUAAAUUACAAAUGAUGUUUAUUUCUACUAUGUAUAUCUUUGUUAAAUAAUUGAUCUAAUGAGUAUUUAAAGAACUUGCUACAAUGUUUGAAAAUAUUUUUUGUCUUUAAGUUAUACUUAAAAAUAAUUUUCUACAAUACGUUCCAUUGAGAGUGGAUAUGAGAUCUACUUAGUUUGUGAUUAUACGAAAGUACACAUUUAUUGACUUUUUGAUUCAAAUUGGCCCAUAAUAAUUGGUACAAAAUGUAUUUCUGAACUAUAUGACCAAUCCCUGGUUAAAGUAAGAUAGCUAAUUAAGACUAUUAAAUGUUUACCCACAAAUUAGUUCAAAUGUUUUAAGAAAUAUUCUUUCCAAUAUUUCAUAUAUGUUUUAUUUUUAUUGUUAUACAAAUAACAAUAAACAUGCCAAUAUGGUGGUGAAUAUAUUUAUAGUAGUGUAAUAAAAAUAUUUACUUGGUAACUUGAAUAUGUUUCUUUCAAUUUAUUAAUUACUUAUGUGCCGUUAUUUUAAACCAAAAGUAGAAUAAGUAUAUUUUUGUUAGUAAAGUAAUAACGAAACAUUUAUUUAUAAUCUAAGAAAUUCAGGGUAAAAGAUUUGUGUGUAAAUAAAUUCCUUUA